AUGGCCUCGAAUUCCGAUCGCACUACCGCAUCAUCCCCUCUGUCUCGGAAGCAAAGACACGCCAGGCACAGCGCCCAAAGUUUGGGCGUUCCGUUUGAUAGCUGCGCGGUUAUGUGCACAUGCGUCUACGCCAUGGCCUUUGCAAAUACGCGGCCUCGUUACCAUAGGACAGGUAUUGCUAUCCCAAAUCUACGGUACUUUGGUUCCGAUGGGAGAGAUCAGACAGAUUGUUCUGGUCUGUCUGUAUCAAGCACCAGGAUCCUACAGAUGAAACACAAGGCCGCGCUCGCUACGCGGCAAUCGGCCACGGUGCGGGCAUUUUCCUCAAAAGCAUAA